AUGUGCGAUGCCAUUUCCAGCCUGCACGCCAUUGUUCAGGUCAUCGGAGCCCUUGUCCUCGCCGUUGGGAUUUAUGCAGAAAUCGAAAGACAGAAGUACAAAACUCUAGAAAGUGCCUUUCUAGCCCCAGCAAUUAUUUUAAUACUUUUGGGCACUAUAAUGUUCUUCGUAUCUUUUGUGGGUGUACUGGCUUCUUUAAGAGACAAUUUAUGCCUUCUUCAAGCAUUCAUGUACAUUCUUGGUGUCUGCUUGCUGAUUGAGCUGACUGGUGGAGUGGUGGCCCUGAUCUUCAGAAACCAGACAAUCAGCUUUUUGAACAAUAAUAUAAGAAGAGGAAUUGAGAAUUAUUACGAUGAUUUAGACUUCAAGAACAUCAUGGAUUCUGUUCAAAAGCAGUUUAAGUGCUGCGGUGGGGAAGAUUAUAAAGAUUGGUCACAAAAUGCCUACCACAGCUGUGCGGCACCAGGACCACUGGCCUGCGGGGUGCCCUACACUUGCUGCGUCACAAAUAAGACAGACAUUAUCAACACUAUGUGCGGAUACAAAACCAUUGCCAAAGAGCGCUUGAGUGUUCAGCAUGUUAUAUAUGUCCGUGGGUGCACGAAUGCAGUGCUUAUUUGGUUUUUGGACAACUACAGCAUCAUGGCCGGCGUGCUGUUCGCCAUAUUGCUGCCCCAGUUCCUGGGAGUGUUGUUAUCCUUGCUUUACAUAACUCGGGUGGAAGAUAUCAUCACCGAGCACAAGCUGAGCGAAAGACUGUUUGAAGAAGUGGGGCAGAGAUCUGCCCCUGAGUUUGCUGGAGCCGGCUGCUGCAUGUGUUACCCGGGGUGA